AUGAAGGUUCUGUUCCAACUAUCGGUGCUGGCCGCCCUUAGUGGUGGUGCUGCCGGUUCUGUGCUCCAUGUUGGACAUCAUGUCGAAAGCCGACAAUCUGGGUCAUUUGAGACACAUCCUAUAAUCUGGGAUGACGUGAAAGGUUAUAGCGUGCAGGUAUCCGUUGGCAACCCACAGCAAAGCUUCAAGCUUACUCUCAGCAACGACAUGCGGGUCGCACUGCCCACAAUAGGUGACAGCGGCAUAUGUACAAAAUCUCCAAGGUCUUUGGCAUGUUCAAACUCUGCUUUUCUUGGCAAUCAGUCAAGCACGUUCAUAAACAUGACCAACGUGCCGACGACAGGCUACCAGCGUGGGACCUUCCGUGACGACUUUCAACUUGGAAUCCAGACCCUGAGAAAUUUCUCCUUGUUCAAUGAUGAAACUCCUUAUGGACAAGGUCGCUUGGGGCUAGGGGCUCCUAACGGAGGCUGGAACAAGACUGAACCAGAUCAAGGUGGCGAUAGCUUUCUCUUACAGAUGGCCGUCAGUCAAUUCAUCGCCACGCCAGCUUACAGUAUCUGUUUACACUGGAUGGAAUCCGGAGGGUCAUACAUUCGCUUGUCGUCUAUCAUCGCCGAAAGUCCAACGGGAAGGGACAUCAUCCAUCCCAAUCCGGGCCUUCUUCUUCGCUUGGGUUUAGAAGGCGGCCCAUCUAUAUUUCCUCAAGAACUAGCCAUUGCAGCGUGGGCUGUGGCAGGAGCUACGUGGCUGCCUCAACAGGAACAAGCAGCUGUUCCCUGUGCAAUGAAGGAUAGCGUGGGAAACUUCACCCUCAAUCUUGGGGGCGCGAGCGGUGUCAAAAUCAAGGUGCCUAUGCGCCUGCUGGUUGGAUACGAUACAGCGGCCGGGCGAUUGAAUACAACCAACGACGCCGGAGAUCCAAUGUGUAUUUUCGGCAUCCUUAAUGGGACGGAUCCUAGAACUUAUACUAUCUCUGCUUCCAUCCUCCGCGCUGUCUAUCUAGUCGUAGACUCAUCCAACAGUCAAGUUGCGAUCGCGCAAGCCCAACAUGACGGGACGCAGCCAAGCAAUAUUGUUCCAUUCUCAGGAUCGGCAGCCCCUAUUCCGUCAGCGACCAAGGCCCCAGACCAGGAAGACCCCAAUCUAUCGACCACUUGGCCAUCAGUUCCAAGUUCAACAUCAUUGUCACCCACCAGCGCCACAACAACAUAUGCGGCAGCUUCAGGGUUCCAGAUAUUGAGUCAUGGGACAAAUGAAACAGAUGCGAUAGGUGAUACCAGUGGUCUCAGCCAGAGUGCCAAGAUAGGAAUUGGGGUAGGCACAGCAGCUGGUGUAUGUAUCCUGACGGGGGUUUUCUUCGCCUUCCGACGCUAUCAUCGACGCCAGAUAUCUUCUCGACAACACCCGCCACUGAGCCAUGGUGACGGUGUUAAACUACAUGCAGGUAAUUCUGAUGGGCUCUCCAAUGGAUUUCGAGGUUCAGAGUUGCCGAGCGAUGGCAUCCAGAUACCAGCACAGCUGUCACAUGUGUAUCCGCCUACCAGCGAAGUCGAAGGCGAAAGAUUGCCCCCCCUUGCAUACCCUCAGGAAUUAUACGUUGAUCCUGGACAGGCUGGCACGGUACGGGUAGAACAUUCAAGGUGA